UUGCAAUAGCGCUGCACUCAUCUCUAGCACAGCUGGGACAACAAGCAUAAACAGAAAUGAAAAAUUGAAAAUCAAGGAUGUUUAUGUUCCGAAACUGUGCGGUUCUGAUGGUGAUCGGCUCAAUAUGCUGCCUUAUCUACGGUCUGUUCAAUUUACACGUGGAGGUGGAGCCCAAUGCUUGCCGGAUGACCUACAUGUUCGGCGAGCCAAUGUUUGCGAAAGUUGAAGUUAAGGAAGCCGAUCAGUAUCCAAAUUACGGGCUUUACUACUACUAUGAGGGCGUGCGACAGCCGCUGGAUCCGCCUAAGCGUCGGUUGACGGGUGCUCCGGUGAUCUUCGUUCCCGGCAAUGCCGGUUCCUACAAGCAGGUGCGCUCUCUAGCGUCCGUGGCGCUGCGUAAGGCCCUGUCCGACGACACGGGCAUCCACCUGGACUACUACACUAUUGACUACGAUGAGGAGUUGUCCGCCUUGUAUGGGGGCUAUCUCCCUCGCCAGCGAGAGUAUCUAAAGCUCUGCAUCCGCUCCAUCCUGGCGAUCUACGAGGGCCGCGCGGAGCAGCCCUCUAUCGUGCUGAUUGGCCACUCAAUGGGUGGAAAGCUGGCGCAGUCGGUGCUGGUCGAUCCGUCCAUUGGUCAGCACAUCAAUACAAUUGUCAGUAUUUCCACGCCGCUGGAUCAGCCGGUGCUCAACCUAGACGCCGAGCUCGAAUAUUUUUACGACCAGACGAACGCUAUGCUAAGCAAGCUACGGACUGCAACGGUGCCCACGAUGACCACGAAUGUGUGCGAUAGCGUGCACCAACGACCCCCUAGUGUGCAGCGAAUGGCCAGCCAGGACAGCUCGGCUCGGCUGGACAACGUGCUGCUCAUUUCCACGGGCGGCGGUAAUAGGGAUUUGCUGGUGCGUCCCGGACUCACCAGCUCCCAGUUCAACGAUUUGCAUGCCAUGACCUCGUCUAUACCCAAAGUUAGCCUGAGCUGCGACCAUUUAUCCGCCGUGUGGUGCUUGCAGUUCAUGCAGGCCAUCAAUCGUUUCCUCUUCAGCAUUGCGUAUGUGCGCGAGGAUCGCUCAUCAAUUGUUUUUGGCACUAACAAGCAGCGCAACCUGCAGUCGGCUCUAGCCACCUUUGUCAAGCCAAGAAGACGACAACAGAGCACUGUGCGAUUCGGUGCCGCUGGAAAUUGGCACGAGGAGCGUCGUCUCGUGAUAAACAAAUACUUUACUAACGGACUCAAGGGAACAUUCUUCGACUUGAUUGGAUUGCAGCGCCAAGAGAGAUUCAAAAAAGCCGUCAUCGAAGCUUUGAAUGUUGAUGACGAAGACUGGCUGUUUGGUUGCUCGGCCGUGGACCACAAUAAGACGGAACAGCUUUAUUGCGAAAAGGCCACCUCUCUGAUGCACCUUGUCCAGAGGCUGCCCAAUGAAGAUCGCGAUCCCCGUAGCAUUGCCAUCCUGCACCUGCACAACCUGCGCAAGACCUACGUUCAGUGGACCCAUGUUCUUGUGCGCCUACCACCGAGCACCAAGCGAAUCGGCUACAACCUGGACAUAUACGAUCCCCGAGAACGCGUGACGAACAUCAGGAUGCCGCGCUGGUACACCAUGGCAAGACUGCCUUUAAUAAACGAAACUCUUCAAGGCACGCUGCAUCAUCGACUGCGUAUCUCCGAGAUGGUGGACCCAUACCAAAGCAUUCGCGUGAUUGUGGAGCCGCUGCAGUGCAUCAGCCCGGAGUACAGAGUGACAGCCAGGAUAUGUGUUCCCUGGGCUGCUGGCUUCGAACGCUUCCAGACCCUUAAAUCUUUUGAUCAGAAACCUCAAUUGUACGUAAAUGUACCGACCUUAGUGCCCAGACAUUAUAAUACUUCCCUAAAUCCUGUGACACUGGAUCUUUACCUGGAUCCCACUUGUCGCUAUCGAAUCAGCUAUGAGUACUCCUAUUCCUCUGCACUGUCACGACUGGUUCUAGAGUUUUACGGCUGGUUGCCGGCACACCUGGUCUGCGUUCUUCUGAUUGUGCUAAGGAAGCAAGUUGAGACCUUCCACAAGGUGGGAACAUUCGGUAGCCUGCGGCCUUAUGUGGGUUACCUGCAGUACACCUCGCUCUAUGUAGUCACAGCCUGUCGGCUUCUAAAGAAGCUAAUCAUCACCAGCCGUAUGCUGCCGGAGCCAGAGCUCCUUGACUACAGUAUAAAUGUUUCCAUUGUGAUCCAUUGUGCAGCCAUUGCCUUGUCCGUGUUGGCCACUCUGGGCACUUGGUUGGCCUUGACGCUCUAUGGCAACGCCUUCUACCGCUUGGCUCUGCGGAUAACACGCCUUUCACAGCCAACUUCCAACGUCAUGAUCUCGAUCAUGACCCACUUGCCCAUAACGUUCGGUAUCCUGACCAUUGCGACAGCUGUAGGAACCUGCAGCGGAGUGGGUCUUCUCUUGGCGUUCGUGUUUUACUUUCUGAUGCUUUCAAAUGCAUAUAAGGAUUAUCUGGAAGACUUCCUCUGGCAGAAGGCGGCUAAUUUGGUGCGUGGAACGCCGACGGCGUUGUCUGCAGAACAACCUUCCUGCGGAGAAGAUGGAGCGGAGGAGCAAAAUGCAGACGACAAGGCUUUGGAACCUAAGAGUGGACAGCAGGAGGUGGACGAGGAACCGGAGCCCUGUUUGGGCUUGCAAAACUUCUCCUUUCACGUCACUUUGCUGCUGAUGUUGCUCAUGCAGCUUCUGCUUAAUGCUCCUAGCAGUUUGGCCUGGGUGCGCAGUCGUCGGCAUGGCAUCGACCUGCCGGAUCCGAGUUCAUAUCCCAGCAUCACAGUCCUGGCAUCUCUAAGUUUGCUCCUGCAACUGAGGGCUCCACAAAAAUGUCAGGGGUACUGGAUGCUUUCCCUAGUAUUUUACGUUCUGGCCGGCGUGGUUUUACUGUACUGUCAGGCGGCUAUCUACAGGCUGACUUUUGUGAUUGCUGGGGCCUUUGCCCUGCUCGCUGCCCACCAAAGUAUUUGCAUCCUAUGGCGUCGCUUGUCCCAAAACUAGUUUAAAUUUGUUCCCCAAGAUUUAGUUCGUAAAUUAUUCCUGCGUUAGUUCAUUCAGUCCAAGAUAGGAGUUGUGGUCGGCAGCUUACGUAAACCAGCUCGCUGUGCGGCAAAUGAGCCCCGAUCGGGAUCUCUCAGCGGGAAGUCCAAACUAGGCCUGGUUGGGCGUUGCUCUCGAUUUGCGUCGAUCGCACAUUACACGAAUUAAUUGUUUUUACGCCUGUCGCCGGCGCUUUUGGUUAGCGAUACCUCGGUAUCUCGGGUGGCGGACACGUUAAUCUCCAUUUGCGGAAAAUGUGUGAAAAUGACUUUAAACAUCGUCGCCAGUUGGGCACACUCCGCAUCCCGACUCUAGUUUGCUUAUGGCCAAAGAUGUAAUACUUAGUAAUUUUCAGAUAUUAUUUGCUUAAUAGAAUUUGUUGAUUUUCACUGUGAGACAAAUAUCUGGUAUUUAGUUUGUUUAAUUCUACGUUCUUGAAAAAUUAAUUGAGAUUGUGUACAGACUAGCAAAGGUUAUUAUUUUUUAAAACCACUUUAAAGCAAUGUAAAAUAGCUGCACACACAUAAAAAUGUUAGAUUUGGUAUGAACGUUAUAUUCCUUUGUUUCUUGUUCGUCCCACAAAAUAUGUGCAAAUCCUUUAUUUUUCCGAUCAGCCAAUAGCUUAUCGAUCUAAUGUGUCUGGUGCCAUGUGUCACAAACUGACUUUUACAAAAAACAAAUUUUUGUAUGUGAAAUGUCUUACAAGGGUUGGUACUCGGGUAGUUCUUGUUUUACCCUAAUACAAUUUUAUACAUCUGUAAACUCUGAAAAACGGUAUUGACUUGCUGAUCUGUUUAGUUGGGUGCACAAUUACGAAUUCAUUGAUACAGCUCGCCUUCGCCCAUAAGGAUGUCGACUGAAACCAGUCUUGGUCUAUCAACGCCAUCUAUGUACUUAAUGUCUCAUUUGCGCGAUGUCGAAAUAUGGAUCAGUCGGUGGAUCAUAACACUCGCGGGACGGAAGGCCUGCCAGCACGCAAACGGGGUGAGGGCAUUUCGUCGUCUACAGUACCCACGGGAGUCGUUCGGAGCUAGUCUUCAGCUGUUCAGCGGCCAAACACGAUGUCCCGAUAAGGACUGGACCAUCAGCUUAUAUAUUCAUAACCGAUUCGCCUUUGGAGCCGACAUCGUCAACAUGCAUGUGACGACAGUGCCAAUAACCGUGCAGUGAUAUAAACAAAUUGGCUUUCUGUGUACGAAGUAUAUUAAUAUUGGUAUGAACUGUCAAUUUCAAUAUCGGCUAUAGUAGCUUACAGAGGUGUGACAACUUUAAUGAAACUUUAAUAAGCAUUUGUUUAUUGAGGCAAGAGGUUUGGGGAGUCAAAAUUAUUAAUUACGCGUUAUUGGUUGUGCCACAUUGGUUGAUAAGAUGCAUCGGCUUUUAUGUUUUGUAUUAUCUUUUAUGUGUGCUUUUCAAACGCUAAACUAUUUAUACGAAAAAGGAACGAGUUUAUUGAUAUUAAUGGGGACGUAUUUAUAUCACCUUGCCGAAAUUAGACAUACAAAUUAUACGCAGGCAGAUAAUUUCUAGUAAUAAGGUCGUCCAAUUCUAUGAAAUCAAAAAGGCAUUUUUUAGUUGGAGAACUACGUUAUCGAUGACGUGGUUUAUGGUUUUUGUUAAACUCAACGUUUUAUAACCAUGAUUGGUUGAUCAACGUAAUAAAUAUUUAUAUGUUGUACUAAAAAAAAAGGUUUAUGAUUUAGAGGGCUAUCCUCCUCAACUUACAGUCCUCUUUACUUUAAAUAAAAGUAAAAUAUUUUUUUUUACCAUUUAUGGCAUUUUUUGGUUUUAAUAAAAGUCGAGCUCAAUGAGUAAUGUGAUUUUUUAUCCUGACUUUAUUUCGGAAAAUAAUUCCCAAAAUAUCUUUUUUGUUUGGUUCGAAAAAUUUAAUAUUUUCUGUGGUUUUUUAGCUGUAUCAUCGUCAGGUCAUGUCCCACUGCUAAAGAACCGACUGUUUUGAUCGGCAUACAACCUAGCCUAACGAUCCCCAUCUUUUUUUGCAAAAAAUAUUUUCGGACCCAUUUUUGCAUUUUUAAUCGUUUUUUUUUAUUUUUUUUUAAUUGGCAAAUAUUUCAAGUUGGAAUGCCAAUUAAGAAUUUUACUAAGAGCUCAGCGAAUUUUCUGACUUCAGCUCCCCAAAUGAUUGCAAAAACAGUCAAUUGUGGUCCAAAAGUCACCUUAGAUAAAAAAUAAAUCGUUGCAUUUAUUUUCUCGUGAUAUAUUUUAUUGGCAUAUUAAAAAAAAAACAAAUACGACUGGGUAACAGACCAUGACACUCUACAUGCACAUGAGCGUAUUACUAAAAGAUAUAACUUUGUACAGUUUAACUUAUAAUGAUUGGCAGUACGAUUACAAGACUGGAAGAGGUGAGCGAACUAUUGCCAGUAGGCAGGCACAAGCUGAACCGGCCCUUGAACGUUGGCCAUUUGAUAAGGUGGAGAUGCCAUUACAUUGAUGCUGAAAGGAAAAUAGCAACAUUAGAUAACACAGCAUCCACACAGGAAAUUAAUAUAAUAAAACGUAUGUUCUGAACUUGUAGGUAUAAAAUUACAUAAUAAAAUAUAUUGCAAAUAUUA